UUAUUUGUUGUUAUUGUUGCAACCGUGUAGUGAGAAGUUUUUUUCCUUUUUUCAGACAACUGAAAAUGGAGGACUUGGGAGAGGAAGAUUUUAGUCUGUCAAAUUCUUCUCCAAAAGACGCUGAAUUUGACUGCGUGGUCGGACAUUUGGAAGAUAUUAUAAUGGAUGACGAAUUCCAGUUACUGCAGCGAAGCUUUAUGGAUAAGUAUUACAAAGAGUUUGAAGAUACUGAUGAGAACAAGCUGACGUACACCCCCAUUUUUAACGAAUACAUCUGCUUGGUGGAGAAGUUUAUUGAAGAACAGUUGUUGAUGCGGAUUCCAACAUUUAACAUGAGUUCGUUCAUUGCAUCGUUACAAUCACACGAACAAGAAAUGGCCGGGGACAUAUUCGAUAUACUACUAACUUUUACCGACUUCUUGGCGUUUAAAGAAAUGUUCCUCGACUACAAGGCUGAGAAGGAGGGAAGAAGUAUUGACCUGAGCAGUGGCUUGGUUGUGACAUCAUUAUGCAGCUCAUCUCUGCCAUCUUCAUAGAACGCUGGCUAUUUGUUUUUUUACAUUGUGUAUUUACUUUUUUGUACUGUUUUUUUCUACAAUCAUGGACCCGAUGCAGUAUCAUCAGCCUGUUUUGCCAACUUCUUCCUAGUUCAUUUGGGCUUUGUCACAAUGCAAAUUAUUUGGUGAUCAAGAGCUGACUGUUUUUGCCAUAACCGACUUUGUCGCUUUAAACCAGGUGGCUUUGUCACACUGGACAAGACUUGACAAAAAAGCUGGUGAACUGUCUUCUGCAUGUUACAGCUUGGCUUUGCCCAUGUUCUGUUCUGUUGUGUGUGUAUGUGUUACGCAUAUAUAUAUUUCUCCAACUAAACGCGAUAUUGUAGCUUGUGUUAUUUAUGUCAAUAAAUACUUGUGUAUUUAAACUGAUUGUAACAUUUAUGAUAAUUGUUAUAUAUAAACUCCCUAUAAAAAGCA